GCUCCUCCCCGGUGCUGCCGGACACGGUCUCUCCGCUGCUGCCGCUGCCGCUGCCGCUGCCGGAUCACGCCGAGCCUGCGGGAAAAGCCCCGGCUCCCGCCCGCUGCCCAGCCCGGAGCCCCGGGGAGCCGCUCAGAGUUAUGUCAUGCCCAGAUCACCACAGGGCUCCAUGAGGAUUUAUAGAAGAUGCCCCGGGUCUUGGCGCCUCUGGUGCUCCUUCUGGUGUGGCUAAUGAAGAUCGCUGCCAGCCCCCACUCCCUGAGGAUCGCCGCCAUUUUGGAUGACCCGAUGGAGUGCAGCAGAGGGGAGAGGCUGUCUAUUACUCUAGCGAAGAAUUGUAUUAACCGUGCACCAGAGCGAGCGGGGAAAGCCAAAGUGGAGGUGGACAUUUUUGAGCUGCUGAGAGACAGCGAAUAUGAGACAGCUGAAACCAUGUGCCAGAUUCUUCCGAAAGGGGUGGUAGCUGUCCUGGGACCUUCGUCGAGUCCGGCCUCAAGCUCUAUUAUCAGCAAUAUCUGCGGAGAGAAAGAGGUCCCUCAUUUUAAAGUUGCCCCAGAGGAAUUCCUCAAGUUCCAGUUCCAGCGAUUCACCACCUUGAACCUCCACCCCAGCAACACCGACAUCAGCGUGGCCGUAGCUGGGAUCCUGAACUUCUUUAAUUGCACCACUGCCUGCCUCAUCUGUGCCAAAGCUGAAUGCCUUUUAAACCUAGAGAAGUUGCUUCGUCAGUUCCUUAUCUCGAAGGACACCCUCUCAGUCCGGAUGCUGGAUGACAGCGGGGAUCCUACCCCACUCUUAAAAGAAAUCAGAGACGACAAAACCUCCACCAUCAUUGUACAUGCGAAUGCCUCCAUGUCUCACAUCGUCCUCCAGAAGGCAGCUGAACUGGGAAUGGCGUCAGCCUAUUACACGUAUAUCUUCACUAAUCUGGAGUUCUCGCUCCAGCAGCUGGACAGCUUUCUGGAUGACCGGGUUAACAUCCUGGGAUUUUCCACCUUCAACCAGUUGCAUGCUUUCUUCCAAGAGUUUGUCCAGAGCCUCAACCAGUCGUGGCAGGAGAACUGUGAUCAUGCUCCCUUUACUGGGCCGGCACUCUCUUCUGCCUUGUUGUUUGAUGCCGUUUAUGCUGUGGUGACAGCGGUGCAGGAGUUAAACCGGAGCCAGGAGAUUGGUGUGAAACCCCUGUCCUGUGGAUCCGCACAGAUUUGGCAACAUGGCACCAGCUUGAUGAACUACCUAAGAAUGGUAGAAUUGGAAGGUCUCACCGGCCACAUCGAAUUCAACAGCAAAGGUCAACGGUCGAACUAUGCCCUGAAAAUCCUGCAGUACACACGAAAUGGCUUCAGACAGAUUGGUCACUGGCACGUUUCUGAAGGACUUACCAUGGACAGCAGAAUCUUCUCCUCCAACAUAUCAGAUAGUCUCUUCAACACCACUCUCAUCGUCACUACCAUCCUGGAAAACCCUUAUUUAAUGCUGAAGGGGAACCACCAAGCACUGGAGGGGAACGACCGCUAUGAAGGCUUCUGCGUGGACAUGUUGAAGGAGCUGGCGGAGAUCCUGCAUUUCAACUACAAGAUCCACCUGGUUGGUGACGGGGUGUAUGGCGUGCCCGAGGUGAAUGGCACGUGGACUGGCAUGGUGGGAGAGCUCAUUGCUCGGAAAGCCGAUUUGGCAGUGGCUGGCCUGACAAUCACGGCUGAACGGGAGAAGGUGAUUGAUUUCUCUAAACCUUUCAUGACUUUGGGAAUUAGCAUUCUCUACCGAGUUCAUAUGGGGCGCAAACCUGGCUACUUCUCUUUCCUGGACCCCUUUUCUCCUGGUGUCUGGCUCUUCAUGUUACUUGCCUACCUGGCUGUCAGCUGUGUCCUCUUCCUGGUUGCUCGACUAACACCAUACGAAUGGUACAGCCCCCACCCCUGCUCGCAAGGGAGGUGCAAUCUCCUAGUGAACCAGUACUCUCUCGGCAACAGCCUGUGGUUUCCAGUCGGGGGUUUCAUGCAGCAAGGAUCUACUAUUGCCCCUCGAGCUCUGUCCACACGGUGCGUCAGUGGAGUCUGGUGGGCAUUCACCUUGAUCAUCAUCUCCUCCUACACAGCCAACCUGGCAGCCUUUCUGACUGUGCAGCGGAUGGAUGUGCCCAUAGAAUCAGUGGAUGACCUGGCUGACCAGACAGCUAUUGAGUACGGCACCAUUCACGGAGGCUCCAGCAUGACCUUUUUCCAGAAUUCCCGUUACCAAACGUACCAGCGGAUGUGGAAUUACAUGUACUCCAAGCAGCCAAGUGUGUUUGUGAAGAGCACGGAGGAAGGGAUCGCGAGGGUGCUGAAUUCCAACUACGCUUUCCUGCUGGAGUCCACCAUGAACGAGUAUUACCGUCAGCGCAAUUGCAACCUCACGCAGGUCGGGGGCCUUCUGGACACCAAGGGCUACGGGAUUGGCAUGCCAGUCGGCUCCAUAUUCCGAGAUGAAUUCGACCUGGCCAUUCUCCAGCUGCAAGAGAACAACCGCCUGGAAAUCUUGAAGCGAAAGUGGUGGGAAGGGGGCAAGUGCCCCAAAGAGGAAGACCACAGAGCCAAAGGUCUGGGAAUGGAGAAUAUUGGUGGAAUCUUUGUGGUUCUCAUAUGUGGCUUAAUCGUAGCCAUUUUUAUGGCAAUGCUGGAAUUUUUGUGGAGCCUACGACACUCUGAACAGACAGAGGUGUCUGUCUGUCAGGAGAUGGUGACAGAGCUGCGCAGUAUCAUCCUCUGCAAAGACAGUUUCCAUCCUCGGCGAAGGCGAGGGGGGAUGAUACGGACUCGGCCCAUUAUUGCGGAGGAACGCCGACCCUGCAGUACAACCACUCUCAGCAACGGGAAACUAUGCGGUGGUGGUGAGCCAGACCCGCUGGCGCAAAGACUUGCACAAGAAGCCGCUCUGGUGGCCCGAGGCUGCACGCACAUUCGGGUGUGCCCAGAGUGUCGGAGGUUCCAGGGCCUCCGGGCACGGCCUGCUCCAGGUUCACUUGCACAAAGCGAAGAGAGCUUGGAAUGGGAGAAAGCCACCAACAGCAGCGAACCCGAGUAGAGUGGGGCAGGGGUGGGCAAAGAAACUCAUGUUCCAUUUUACAGAACAUGGACUUGUACGAUGUCAGACUUGUUUUUAAAUUAAAAGCAGUUAUCAAGAUCAAGACAAACCUUCAGGCUGAGAACCAGAACCAGCCAGAGAUUUUUGAUACCUCUCCUAUCUAAGAGGACAUUCAUUCCACUUGGAUUCUGAACCACUAGGUGAAAGAUUCUCUGGUUGGCCUGUCUCCAGCAGCUUUCCUCCACCUCAAAAAUCUGGUUUUGGGGUAGGUCCGACACACACAGAGGGCAAUUCAUAUACCAAAAAUGCCCCAACUAGGGGGGGAAGAGUCAUUGUCAGAACUAUCCCAUCCUAAGAUAGGAGAAAAGGACACUAGUGUCAUCUGUCUUGAUCACACAGACUCAGUAGGGAUGUUCUCUGGGAGGUAUUUUUAUUUGAUGGGGUGGGGGGAGGGGAAGAGAGGAGUAAUCUAUUUUAUUUUAUUUUAUUUUUGGUACAUCAGGGCCUGGAGUCUCCAGCACACCAGAUUUCAGGUGCUGAACUCUCCCUCCUUUGCAGCGAUGUGGCAUGUGGGGCGUGGAAGGGAGGGACAGGAGAUGAUUCCCAAACAGAAGCAGCGGAUGAAAUGAAAGUCCAUUCAAGGAGUUAUUAAAAAUAAAAAUGCCAAAAACCAACCAACACACACAGUGAAUUCAAAGAGGCCUUGAAACACCUGGAAUUUCAGGGGUUCUCUGUCUUUUUUUUGUUUGUUUUUUUCUGUCAGGGAGGGUGAGUAUGAAGCAUUGAGGAAGUUGUAACUGGCAGGUGGUGUUGGAUCCCAUAUGCUCUCUUAGGAAUGCUGCCUUUUCCCCCCAGCAGAGGGCAGUUGCACUUACUACCCAUUGUCACGGGCUUCUGAAAGUACAGUUGUAGACAUCAUGAUAGAAACUGGUGCUCAUAGGUACAACAUUCCCAUCCUAUGAACCCUUAACACUGUCCCCAGGCUCAGUAGCUGGGCCUGCGUGUGACCCAGGUGGCAUCUGGGAUCUGCAGAUUUCCUUGCUACCAAAUGUCCUUGAAUGAAGGUCAUGGGGCAGAGAGGUCAGGUUCAAUAGGAAGAUUACUCUGGGUCUUCAGUGAGAAAAUCCUUCCUUCCACAGCAGCAGCAGUUUGCCCUCUGCUUGGUACAAAUGUGGGGUUUACAUUGAAGAGUUUAAUUUUCUGAUUGAAAAACAAAAUUCUAUGCAAUUUCUGAUUGUGAAAUUAAAAGGGGAGAAGUUAUAGGGGGUGGUGAUAAACACAAACCUUGAGCAAAGGUAUAUCCUGUUGAAUUUUUUUAUUUCUUUUUAUUUUCAAUGUACUGAAAUAAAAGAUGUCCUUGUACAAUUAUGAUUCCCCCUCCACACUUUUAAAGAUUUGAGGCAGUUUGAGUUCCAUCACUCAUGGAUGCAGCCCAACAGCGCCCCCAGGGGAUCAGAGAGGUACUUCCAGCCCACUUGAUCUUCACUGCAGCAGGUUGCUGUUUUGGCCUCUGCAAAUUUCUAGCUACUUGCAUAAUACCUAAAACCUCUGUUGCUGUCAUUGUCUGUAAUCACUCCCGAAGAAAACAAAGGAAAAAAAGCUGGGCAGGACACAUGGUCACUUUAGAAAAAAUAACACAAUCCCCUUGGCCCUAUGCUGCAGUGAGAUCAGAACAACGCAAGCCACAGCUCUUUUAAACCAGAUUGCUGGAAAAGGGUCUAGCAUAGUUUCCCUACACAUAGGAUUCCCUGUAGCAGAUCAGACCAAUGGUCCACCUAACCUGUAGACAGAUACUUUACAGGUGGGUAUAAAGAACCCCAGAGAAUGCAGAUACCAGCAAUGGGCACUGAAGAUUAUUACAUAGUAGCUCUUUUUGGCAGCACCCAAAAAAAAAAAGAUAAGGGAACAAUCCCUGCUCUCAGUGAGGGUCUCUGGCCUGGGUUAUGCAGGAGGUCAGACCAGAUUAUCAUAAUGGUCCUUUCUGAGCUCAGAAUCUAUGAAUCUAUGCAGAUCCCACAUUCUAAACAAAACAAGCAAACAGAGCUGGGAGGGUAGAGACAAAUUGAAAUGUACCCAUAGAGUGAGCAUGUGAGAAUUGGCCACUUUCUGAUAAUGCAAUGUUCCAGUAACAGGGCCAGCUCCUUAGGGUCUGUAAAUCAAAAUAAUUCCAUUAACUUUAGAGCUACACACAUUUACACUGAGGAUCUGGCUCAUAAUGCUUUUGGGGUUCUUGGCUGGAAGCAGGAGGGGUGAGUCAAUUCAAGACUACCCCCAAAUACACCAAAACCUUGCCACAGUCAGUUGUGGCUAGUUACUUGUUGACAUCGUAGAAGUGAGUCUUGGGGAGAAGAGAGCAGUGGCUUUGCCGAGCAGCUCAGGCAGGGUGUCCCGUGCCUGGGGGCAGUAUGGGAGAGGUAGACAAAAAGGACCUGGGUUGGCAAGCAUCACUAGCAGAAUAGCAGGGAUGGGGAUUGGAAGAGACCAGAAAGUUAUGGAGUAACCUGCCCUUAGGAGAAGAUUUGUCCUAGCCCCAUCAGAUAUUGUUCGCUUCUGCCCUGAGAAGGGAAGGUUGGGUGGAUAGCUGCUUAAAAUCUCUCUGGAACCAUUUAGCUAGAAGGUGGGGAGGAAGGAAAAAUAUAAUCCCUUUCCUUCUUGGGCAGGGAAGCCAUGCUAGCAAUGUGUGCUUUAACAUGGUCACAGCCAGCAUUCUUUUGAUGCAAAUAUGGACAGGGCCUAAGUCAGAGUUCUGCUCAGUGUGUGCAGAGAGAACCAGCCCCUCAAGUGAUGUACAUUAAUGUAGCUAUAUUUUGUCAGUGGGUCAGGGGCAGCUUACACCAGCUGAGGGUUUGGAGCAAAGUCUGAGCGUAACCCACAUCUGCUCAGUGUGGCACUCUGUCCACUCUCUACUGGUGUCUAGGCCAACCAGAGAUUGAAAAGCCUACUACAGGAUUAGCUAAGAGAAAUGUGGCUGUCUGCUCAUGCAGUAGCACCACAUGCAUUUUGCUCAAGAGGUCCCAGGUUUGAUCCCUGCUGAUGACAUCCAAAAUGGUUGGUAUUACAAGUAAUAGCUCAUACAGGGAACUCAACUCAGGGAAAUCUCUGAAGUAUCCUGCCUCGGGGGAGUAUGUAAUCCUGCUUACUUGGUGUGGCACUCUGUCCCCUUAUAGCAGUGGCUAGGCUAGGUAGCUAUUGAGGAGCCUGCUAUAGCCUUAGCU